AUGUCUACUCCCGGCAAGUCUUUAAAAUCACUCGACCACAUCGGAUUCAUGCGAGAAGCUCUAGAGCUGGCACGUCAAUCUCCCCCGAAACCCACGAACUAUCGAGUUGGGGCUCUGCUGGUCGACAGCAAUACGAACACAGUUCUCGCAACAGGCUACACACUUGAAUGCGAAGGGAACACACAUGCGGAACAAUCUUGCUUUACCAAACUGGCCGGCCAGCACAAAAUAGCCGAAGAUGCACUUGGGAAUGUACUGCCAAAGGGAACAGUGCUGUAUACCACGGUCGAGCCUUGCUUCAAGAGAUUAAGUGGGAACCUGCCUUGUGUCGAACGGAUACUCAAGCUGGGAAAUGCUAUAAAGACAGUGUAUGUUGGAUUAAAGGAGCCUGAGAAGUUCGUGGGAGAGAAUACUGGAAGAAAACAAUUGGAAGAUGCCGGCAUAGAGGUGAUGCUCGUUGAAGGUAUGGAGAGGGAGAUACUGGAGGUAGCUACGGCAGGACAUAUCGAAGAAUCUUGA